CGGGGCAAUCGACAUUCAUCCUACCUUCCAAACAAUAAGGUUGCACCAUGUGAACAAACCUACGUAUUCCACCCAACUCAAAACAACUAUAAUGACGGUAGUGAUUUAGCUCAGCAAUUUUCCGAAAACAAUCGGUCUUCCAGGAGUUUUCUUCAAGAAAUUCAGAAACUGUCCCAACUCAACAUUCCACGAAUGAGUAACAAAUGUAGUUACACAGUAUUGACUGGAUGUGCCGGAGAUAGUACAGAAAGCUUGUUAAGGCAGCAUGCAAGCCCUCAGACGGAAGUGGAGGUUAUAGAUACUGACAUUGAUACACCCCGUAGAGGUUCAAUGAUCAAGUCCAAAUCAGCAUACAUAAUAAAGAAAAAAUACAAUACGGACGCAUCUCCAGUGGCAGACGAAGAACAAAAAGAAACAAACACUAAAAAACGCGUAGAAUUCGAUAGCACAGCUACAAAAAUACCUCGCGAACCAAUUUCUGUGCCAAAUUUUAGUGUAAUAACGUUACCAACCCCUGUAUUAACACCAGUAGAAGCCACCAAACUAGUAUAUUUAGAUAGCGAAGAUGAGAAUGAGUUACUCGGUAAAACUACAAAGUUUUCUGAAAAAAUAACUAGCGUUCAAGCGAACAACGAAAAGACUGUCUAUGAAAACUUUAAGCCAAUCAAAAAAGGAGAAAGUUACAGUUCUCAUAUAGGCUACGCCGACAAUCCCCUGUAUCAAGAGAUGAUAAAAUCAUUAGAGGAAAAGUCCAGAGAAAACGUUUCUUCCACGUCAGACUAUGCCAGUAUUGAGACUGUUAAUAGGUUGUCAUCUAACAGUAGUUACAGUGUUAAAACAGGAACACCUCAAGACGAAAAUCAGAAGAACGUAGAACGAGACAGAAAUGGACCGUUCGGUUUCUGCAAUCCUAAUUACAUGGGCCCUGAUAUCAAAGCAGUAAUAAGCGAAAAAAUGGAUAGAAAAAACAUCGUAAAACUUCUAUCGAACGAUGACAACUACCAAAAUUCCGAUGACGAAAACAUACUGGAAAUGCAGAAUUACGAUGGAACUUUUAACAGGAACACUAAAGUAGUUUAUAGACAUUCUAGUAGAAUGAAAAGACCUCCUCCAAAAUCUUUAGCUCUAGAAAAAGACCAAAAUCGUAGUCGCUCAAAUACAGAUAAGUGUAGGGCACAUAGUGCAGGUAGAGCAGAGCAUAGAGUAGAAAAUGUUAAGCAUGAGGUAUUUGGAUCGGGAGUUGAUCCGGCACUUAGGGUUUAUCUCUAUAUUUUUGGUGGAAAAGAGCAAGGUCAAGUGACGGUUUUUCAGAGACCUAUCUCUAUUUGGCGAUUAAAAUUGUUUUAA